GCCUGCAACUGGCCAGCCCUGCAUGAUACCAAGUGGGAAAUGGACAAAUGCUGUGAGCUGUUCCAGCCUAUCUUCACUAACUACGGAAUGUGCUUCGCGUUCAACAGUUUACCACUAAAUGCUAUGACCAACGACACUCUAGCUUGGCACAAAACCUUCAACGUGGAUGCAAAGCCAGCAGCUUUGAACUGGGGCUUGGACAUCGGAUACCCGAAGGUGUUUCCACCAGACCUGACGAUGAAGCCUUUAAGGGUCAUGGCGUCUGGAGAAACUAAUGGCUUGGGUGUGGAACUGUUCCUGAACAAUACUGAACAUCAAUAUGCUUGCGAAGGAAAGAGCUUGGGAUUUACUAUCCUCAUCAGCUCUCCAACCGACCACGUCUACACCAGCACCGUCCUCCGUCUACCAAUGGACAAGAUGACCACCAUCGAAGUCACUCCUCUCACUUACAAGACAGACUUCUCCCUCCGAGCCCUCUCACCUUAUAGGAGGCAAUGCUUCUUCCAGAAUGAGAAACGUCUUCAAUAUUAUGAGUUCUAUACUGAUAGUAAUUGUAAACAUGAUCUGUUGGUGCAGGAGGCUAGGAAGAAGUGUAAUUGCGUGCUUUUUAAUUGGCCUAGGAAAUUCAUCAGGGAGCCAGUCUGUACUACGAAGGAUGAUUUCGAUUGCAUUAGCAGCGUUGAAGCAAAAGUGGAAGAACAGCUUAUUUACGCGUACUACGCUGAGAGUGAGGACGAGAGAGGGACGUCUGAGGCUCAGGAGUCUCAAUCUUGCCACCCAUCCUGCAAUGACGUCAUAUACGCAAGCCAAGUGUUCUACUCCGACCUGACCAAGGAAAUGGUGAACGGUUCCCAUAAAUGGGGACAUUUGAGAAUUGGGGAAGUGACGCAGAUCAAUGUCCAUUUUUACGAUGACAUGUUUCUGGGACAACAUCGGCACGCGCAGUAUGAUGAUUACUAUUUUAUUGGUGCUAUCGGUGGUCUACUCAGUCUUUUCCUUGGAUUCAGUAUCAUCAGCGUGGCUGAGCUGAUCUUCUUCGUUCUACUCAAACCUGCUUACGUCAUUCUUAUAGAAUUUAACCAGAAGUAGUGUUGAAGUUGAAUAAUUUCUAUUAUGUUCUUUAUUUAUUGUACCUACACCGUUUUAGUUAGAUAAUUUAAUUGUGUAGUACCAAGAAAUAUGAGGUAUAGGUAUCGUUGAAUGGGUGGCCUUAUUGCUUAAAGCGAUUUCUUAAAAGCAACCUUAAAAUGGACUUGUAAGUGUGGGCGAAUUGUGUUGUUCAAUUUGUAAACAAUAUUUGAUUUUUUAAUGUUUUGAUUCUUAG